UUAUUCCCGCAAUCGAUUUAUUCAAAAUGGCUUUGAAGAAAAAUAUAUCAGUAUUUGAAGGAGAACAAUUGUAUACGCUUGAAAUUCUCAUUGAUCGUUUAAAUUUAUAUCCCGAAAAGAUUAUUAAUAAUGGAGAGUGCGAUUUGAUGGUACGUAUAGGCUUCGUCGAUCUCAAACCUGUCGAUAUCAUCGCUGUGGAAUCAAUCAAGGUUAAUAACAAAAGGAAUAAAAAAAAUCGAUUUUCUGAUGAGUACAUCGGUUGCGAAGGCAAGACAUGUCUGCUUGUUCGGACACCGAAUGAUUUAAUACGAUCUGUAAAAUCGACUCCUCUAAGUAUUGAAGUGUACUGGAUUCCUCGCGGGGAGGACCGUAAUCCGCGAGAUGAUUCUGGACGUGUUCUCUGCGCAGCAACAGCAUUUUUACCAAAAAGUUUCUACGAUUGCAUAGCCGCGGCGAAGAACAAAAUAGACGGCCUAUCAAAAUCGCAUAUGUUAACAAAGAGUUACACUUUGACCGAUGAGGAUGGGAAUCCGUGCGGAUCCACAUCGAUGUGCCUAAGACUGUCGUGUUUCGGAAGCUCUAUUAUAAAUCAUCUUACGCUUCGCGAGAAGUCAUUCAUACUUCGAGGAUUUCCUCUCGGUUGGAAGUUUCCUUACACGAAACUGUCCGACGAAGAUGUAAACGAUGAGAAGUAUAAGACAAAAUGUAACGAUAACACAUCGUUGUUGUACAAAAUUCUAGAUCCUACAUAUUCGAAAUCAUUACAUAAUCAGGAUGAUCGUAUAGAAACAGAAUCCGUGCUGACGAGACCGAAAUCACCACUUCGUAUAUCAAUGAAUCAGCCAGGAUUCGAAAAAUUAACGAGCGCCGAGAAAUUGAACGAUCACAAGUAUCGUGGUUUAAUUUACGAGAUUUAUCCUGACGAGCCGACUUGUUCGUGUCUGCCGACAGAUCGAUCGACGCAUCCAAUGAUGUGUCGUUCCGGAUGCGUCCGUUCUUGUUGCAUGGCUUUGAGAAAUCCCGAUGCUCUGAAAAAUUUUCCUUCGCUUGCUACGGUUGCUCCCGAUAAUUUAAAAUCAGAUGAGGAACAAAACGUAAGUUAUCAUGAUGACACUAGGAGGAUGAGAGGUGGUGAAGAUACAAAGAAUGAUUACUUAAACAAAACGUGGGACGAAAAAUAUACGUGGCACGAGAAUGACGUUAAUUUGAAAAAUCGCGUAAUGGGUGGAAGUGACUGUGGCGCACCAGCCUAUGCGUUUUCCGAAGGAACGACCGUCAUAUAUGAGAAGAGCAAGGAAAGGGGCGCUAACUCACUGUGCAGAUCCCGACCAAGAACGGCGGACGGAAUUAAAACGGCGGACUGCAUUUGUUCAGGAAAAGUUUCGUCGCCUUGGAAAACGAAUGCGUCUAAGUGCACGAAAAAACCGUGUGUGGGCGCAGAUUGUAUGAUUCGCGUGUUCAAGGAGGCUCAAGAAUUCGUGGAUUCUCUCGGCAAAGUGCCAGGUCUGGUAGGUCUCGGCUUGAUGGACCCAUCCGAGAGUCCUUAUUUCGGCCGAGACAUACAGAAAGAUUACGCCGUUCAAGAAACACCAAGCGAGAGAAAACGAGGAUAUCCCGUCUCGGUACCGCCAGCAUCGACAAUUCAGUGUCCUGCUCCUUGUAAUACGCAGAUUGGCAAACCCAUCACCAGCAUCCACUCCUCACCUUACAUUGCAUCCAGUUCUAUAACGACAGCGAUUCCAGGACGCACUGGUGUUGUACGCGAGGCAAUACCCACGUUACCACCGGAAGCGACGUUACUUCCGAUCGCCGUCAAGCCAAAAAAGAAGGAGGACAAGAAGGAAGAGAAAUUAGAAAAGCAAAAAGAGCUGGAUGUUACAACCUCUGUGCCGCUAGACGUCGAUGUUGGUCCUUGCGGUGAACCGAAAUGCAAAUCUCGCCGGAAGAAACACAAAGAUGACCGAACGGUGCCACACGACGUCGUGGUUGAGGAAUCAGAAAAAAAGCUAAUACAGUCAACAGCCCCCAGUACGAUCGCCGCGAAGGUUACUGGCAAAUUCAUCGAAAAGGGACGAUAUCCGAAGGGUAAGCCAGGUCCGAGUGGCGACAGGGGGGGUCCUAUCAAGGUUAGCAGACGAGUAAUGCAAUACGUUUAUUCCAUUGGUGAUGUCUACCCUGGGACUAUUUACGGCCAUAAGAAUUGCCUCGCUCCACGAUUUAGGGUACCGGCUAACAUGGGCUGGCUGUGGAAUACGAGCGCAACGGUGGACAAGCUCAAGCCGCGAAUUGGUUGGAAGCCAGGCGCGAUCGGGCGUUACUUGUACGAGUUGUUGAAGGAAGCAAAGGGUGCUUCCACGCUGGAGGAUUAUCGGGGGACGAAAUCGAUACCCUCGCGCGCUAGCUUGCGACGCGGCAAGGUUCAGGCGUACAAGAGCCUGAGCUAUGUGUCGCAGGUAAAGAAGGAGAUCGAAGAGGAUGCGGAACCGCCUCCGACCCUGCACAUUCACCGUAAGGACGGCACGUACUACGUGACGAUGUACCCGAUCAGGCAAGAGACUGGGGACGUGUCGCAGCUGGAGGAGCCGAUGAAGCCGCUGCAAUUCAAGAUAGCGCGGAACAAGGACGACGCCUCCGUCGCAUCGAGCUCCACGGCGUCGGACAUGGAGAUUGAAUUCUCGCCACCGGCGGCGGUCAGUAGGUACCGCAGGAAGCCCGAUGUGAUUCACGUGGACACCCAGGUCAGGCAGCAGGAGAUUCUCGAUGCGUUUAAACUGACGACGGUCGACUCGCCGAAACCGAAGGAGAGGAAAGGCAAGAGGGAAAGGAAGGAAAAGAAGUAAUGAAACCGCCCUGCCUUUUCUCCUCCCUUUCCUCAUUAUUCCCGGCACGAUCGUGAAAGGAAAGCGCAGCUUUAUCGGAGGCGACAUCUGCAGGUGACGGCAGACACCGCUUGCGCGUAUCCAGAGUUUGCUAGGCUAUCGACAGGAGUUAAGGUUAAGGGAAAGGUCUGCUCGUGGCUUCGUGUUCCCGGUAUUUUGAUUUGACAGGGGAU